AUGGCGACACCAUAUCAUCCUCCAACGAGCGGUCAGGUCGAGGUGUCUAAUCGGGAGCUGAAGCGCAUACUGGAGAAGACCGUGAGUGUCUCUCAAACACACUGGGCGCAAAGGUUAGAUGAUGCGCUAUGGGCCUAUCGCACAGCAUUCAAAACACCAAUCAGGAUGUCACCUUAUCGGCUCGCUUAUGGAAAAGCCUGCCAUCUACCCGUGGAGUUAGAACACAGAGCCUACUGGGCAACGAGAACGCUGAACUUUGAUUUACAAGAGGCUAGCAAUAAGAGAAUACUACAGAUCAACGGGAUGGCUGAGUUCUGCAAUGAUGCUUAUGAGAAUGCUCGGAUUUACAAAGAUAAAACGAAACGAUGGCACUAUAGGCAUAUUCUGAUAAGGGAAUUCGAAGUUAGGCAGAAAGUUGUAUAA